UUAGUGUACGCAUCUUAGUGCGUCUCAUCUUCCAGAGGAUCCCGGUUUCCAGCAUUUUCUCGCUGGGCCAAAAUGUCACCGUGUUGUACCUCAUCCACGGACAGUAGGGUGGAGACUAAUGGCCCUUGACAUUGAAGUGAUCCAAUGUUGAUUCUCCUCAUUGGCUGGCUAGGUCUGCUCUAAAGGUAGUGUGGCACAAUACAUGGCUCUAGCGUGGCUCUGCAAUUGAUUCUUCCCCUGGCAUCCCUUGGAGGGUUGGUUAUUUGAUCUGAAUAGAAGAAAGCUAUUGGAAAUCUUGAGGGGGGGAGAAGGAAAACAACAUCCAUUCACCUCUGAAACACGAGACCCACAAGAACAAGGAAAUGUACUUUACUUAAAUAUGCCAAGUUUAUUUUCUGAAAGCUCGCGGUUGUGCACUCAAUCCCUCGCCGUCAACACAGGCUAAAAGUUGGUUUUCCUUCCAUUCCUGAUCAGCUGUUGACUUUCGUGGAAUAGACUCUUGGGCUAUGUGAAAGGAAAAGGAGAAGUCCAGCCUUUCUCGAAAGGGAGGAGGAUUACAGGAAGGGUUUCGCGAGCCACAGUUUAUCACGCCGUCAAGCCACCGGGCGCACUCCAGUCUCUUGCCGUGCGCCUCGCGGUUCGGAAAAAUGGAAAAUAAAAUAGACGGAGGGAUGAGCACCGUCAGCACUCCGACCGCUGAUUCUACCGAUACGAGAGUAAGUGACUUGAUUGAAGCCGGGUACAGCAACGCCAAAUUACCCAGCGAGUCACAGUCUCUCACUUGCAUGUCCUCCUCCGUGCGUAAUUUUGGAAACGCCGGCACACUGAUCCAGGGUCUAAGUCCAAGCGGCGACGGCGCAGUUUUCAAGGACUGUAACGUACUCGACGGCCCCCUGGCCACAAAACACUUCUAUGACCGCGGCGGUGAGUAUCUGAAGUGCGACACUGUGCCGUGGGAGGAUUUAGUAAAAGUUCGGAGGACGAACGUGGCCACAUCCGAAAGUUUGCCGGGCGCAAGUGUAAGCCUCCCCUCCACUCCCGGAGCCUGCAAGUUCAUCAAAGACGAAAAGGAGCCCUCUGUUAUUAUGGACACCCCCUGUCCCAACUUCGAUCCCUCCUCGGAGAUAUCGGCUCUUGACACCUGCUGCGACGCCGACAGGAGUCAGCAGCUGGGGCUUAGCAGCGUGGAGUCGACGGGCUUCAGGCCGUCCACCGCGGCACCUCGCCUGGGGCUGGAGGGGUCCAACUUUCUGAUCGACCUGAACCAGCCAGAGCAGCUGCCGGCGCUGGGCCAGGUGAGGACUGACCCCAGGGGUGCUUUUGCCGGGAGGACUGUCAUAAACUUCGACGCUGGCACGCAGUCAGGCUCGCAGCAGGCGGUGUACAAGAGCGAGGUCCCCCGCUGGCAGCUGCAGACGUCCCCGGCCGAACCUCAGUACUGGUGCCAGUCCGCGGGGGGGACCGAGGACCCGUUCGCACACGGCGGCUACGAUGGGAUCCAGAAACAGGCCCUGUCUCAGAGGAACCCUCCACCUUUCUCUGCCUUCCCCGGUAUGCCACCUCAGAGACUGUGCGUGAUCUGUGGUGACGAGGCAUCUGGUUGCCACUAUGGAGUCUUAACCUGUGGGAGCUGUAAAGUCUUUUUUAAGAGAGCAGUUGAAGGCCAUCAUAGCUAUCUCUGCGCUGGGCGAAAUGACUGCAUUGUGGACAAAAUCCGGAGGAAAAACUGCCCUGCGUGUCGCCUCCGAAAGUGCUAUCAAGCGGGAAUGAUGCUUGGAGAUCUAACCAGGCCUUGCAUUCAUGUGACAGGCAGGAAGCUGAAGCGUUUUGGGGCCUUGAAAGCCUUGGGUCUGGCCCCGUCUCUGAUGUUCCAGUCCCACUUGGCGACGGCCAGUGAGAGUCAGGCCUUGGCCUCUAUGUCUUGCAUACCAGGCAUCCGUGAGUUGCAACUCUCGCAACAGAUCAUCAACAUACUGGAAAACAUCGAACCAGAGAUCCUGUACUCUGGUUAUGACAACUCCCAGCCCAAUAUUCCCAGUCUUCUGCUCACCAGUCUCAACAGGUUGUGUGAGAAACAACUGCUGUGGAUCGUCAAGUGGUCCAAGUCCUUGCCAGGGUUUCGUAAUCUUCAUAUCACUGAUCAGAUGACCCUCAUCCAGUACUCGUGGAUGAACCUUAUGGUGUUCUCGCUCGGCUGGCGUUCCUUUCAGAAUGUCACCACUGAAUAUUUAUACUUCGCGCCUGAUCUGGUCCUUAGUCAGGAGCAAAUGAGGAGAUCUCCGAUUUACGACCUCUGCCUGGCGAUACAGUUUAUCCCUCAGGAGUUUGCGAAUCUUCAAGUGACCCACGAGGAGUUUCUCUGCAUGAAGGCCCUAAUACUACUCAACACAGUGCCCCUGGAGGGACUCAAAAGUCAGGCCGCUUUUGAAGAGAUGAGACAAAACUACAUCCGGGAGCUGACCAAAGCUAUCCACUUGAGGGAGAAGGGCGUGGUGGCCAGCUCACAGCGAUUCUACCACCUCACCAAACUGAUGGACUCCCUGCAUGAUAUAGUAAAGAAGGUCAACCUGUUCUGUCUGAGUACCUUCAUCCAGGCAGAUGCCAUGAAAGUGGAGUUUCCAGAGAUGAUGUCAGAAGUCAUUGCCUCCCAGCUACCCAAGGUCCUGGCGGGCAUGGUGAGGCCCCUCUUGUUCCACACCAAGUAACCAUGCCGGCACAGGCAUCACGACUCUGCAGAGAAAUCUUGCGACUGGAUUAUUCUUCCCACAUCUGCAAAUGUAGUCAGUCAUCUGUACUUUGCCAAACUGUCUCUAAUGCUCUUUUUGAGGUGAACUAGAGUGAACAUGUUUCUUAAAAAUAUGGUUUUUAGUAGAGAACCAUCUGGAAUAUUAUAAUUUCAGAGGCAUCAAUCCGUGAAGCUCCUCUGUAUAAUUCUUGUUCAGCCCCCAUUUUUCAUCCUACAACUUGUGUAUAGAUGGUACUUACUAGCUGUUUACAGAACCCCUUGGAGAUACUGAUAUUUUUGUACUGAAGCUGUAAAAAAGAAAAAACAAAAACAAAACACAUUAAAUGAAAAUAUUCAGUGUUUCUCACCAAAAUUGGGUUCUUAAUAAAGGAAAACUGCAGGAGACACUGAAACCUGCCACUUAAACUAAUGAAAUUCUUUUAGGGUAUAUGACCAGAGUGGCUCAAUUCACCUACUUCAGGGAGGAGCAACUGGGAAGACAACUAUCUUUAAAAUGUGUAUUAAAAAUAAGAAAAAAAGAAUUGACCGUGAGCUUAAGUGAAUUACAAAUAACUCAGUUAGUACACAUCUCUACCAGCACUGCACAAUGUGUUAUUUUUUUUUAUAAUAGAACGGAUUUUGAAAAUGUUUGAUCUGCAUCUGGAUCUGCGUCAAAAUACACAAAAUAACAGAUGUUAGUAGGAUGCAUGUGACAGAUUUAAUUCAAGUGAGUACAGUAAUUCAUGAAAAAAAAAUGAGAAAAUAACAGAAGUGUUCAAUGUAUUUUACAAUGUUUAGAAAUCCUUUUAAAAAUUCUGGAACAACAUUCAGAUGUGUACCAACAACUAAACACGUCGUCUUUGUCCCAUUGUCAAUCUUCACACAAAAUUCUACACAAGUCAGUUACCACGUUUUUUUUUCGAGUCUCUGGCUAACAACCAGGACACAUGGGACCGAAAACAUAACUGAGAGACAGUGGGCAAGGCAGUUAUGUAUAAAAAAAAAAAAAAAAAAA